CCAAAGUACCCACAGUACAUUUGUCUAGUAAAUCCCGUUUGUCUCAAACAGUAAAGGAGAUAAAAGGACUCGCGGUAGAAGGAUCUUUUCAACAAAAACAGUUAGAAUAUGAAAAGGCUGAAUCAGAUGAUCAGUGGGAUAAAUACUCAAGUCGAAGCCUCAAAGAAAUUUCAAGGAAUUGGCCUAUUUACAUUACAAGACCGAUUGCACAUACAAAGUAUAUAAACUUUGAAGAGGACGUUUUAAAUAUUCGUUUGACACAACGGCAACUCUCAGACAAAAUAGCAGAAUAACCAAAUGUUCUGUCUCUAGAAUAUCUUAAUGAAAUUUUGCUUACAUUAAGCCAAAUUAAUACAAUUUCUUCAGAGUCAUUGACAGACAGCGCCACUCUUUAUUCAGAUAUUAAAACAGUGCAACAGUGUUGCAGGAUGUUUCACAACACAGAAUCAAGUGUUUAUCAUAAUAAACAUUGGUGGAUUCAGUUCACAAAAGAAUAUGUGCCUAAUUAUGUAACAAAAAAUAUGUUUGACCUUAUACCUAUUUCAUUACCAAACAUUUGUUCAUAUAUAGAAUUAAAAUUGAAUCAUAUAAAUUGUGAAUAUAUUUCUGCAUUAAAUAGGGGAGAUUUUAUUUCAAAGAAAAUAUUUGAUGCAUGGUUAAAUAGACUGAUCUUCAGAUCUCUAGAUGACAAACAUUUGGGCAUGCCUUAUAAAAGUAAAAUGACUGACAAAAUGUAUGUUUUGGAAAACGUAAGGACAAAUAUAAUGUCAGAACCUUGGCCAACUGUUUGUAUUCAUGACCAUGAAAACAGUAACCAUGCCUCAGAAACUGAAGAAAACUAUAAUUGUAACCAUAGUAAUUUUCAUUCAGUGGGGGCUUUGCCAAAUGAGAUAUUUCAAGCCGGAAAAAGAACAUCAGUUAUAAAUUUGAAUCAAAGAUAUCAACUAAGUGGAACAACAGUUGACCUAAAAACACAACAUGCUGGUUUACAGCAAAUGGAAGAAAAUGACGAUUCGCCUAAUAAGGAAGAAAAAGAUCCUAUAAAAUCUAUUAUUUGUCAUGAAAAUGAUAUGUUCCCAUGUAGUACUUACAUUGCUAGUAAUCCAGUGUUUACUGAAGAAAGUAAUACCGAACAACCUCAAGAAACAGCCAGAACUGUUAAUGAUAAUGAAGAUUUAUCAGCAACUGAUAAUCCCAUUAGUGAUACUCCCAUGACAAGAAAUUUUGCAAUAGAUAAUGAAGUCAUUAGUACUUCUAUCCCACCUGGGGCAUUAUCUUCUGAUGAACAUUUUCUCAAUGAAGCAUCUAGAUUUACAAAUGGGGACAUAGCUCAUGACUCGGGUGAAUCUAUUCAACACAGUCUCAAAGGCUGUGAUAAACCAACUACAAACCCAAAUGUAGAAUAUGUUCAAAAGACUGAUCAUCCAGAAGACAGUUCAUCAACAUUGCCAUCUCAAGCAUCAGAAACUAGCAAUGCUGUAGGCAUUACUGUCAGUGAUCUUCCAAGUCCCGAAGUUGACACAGCUGAUCUUCAAAGGUUUGAACCAUUAAUGCAUAUAAUUGACAAAAUAGCAGGAGGAGAGAGAGUCCCUCCUCAAGUAACAAUGCGUUAUGAACUUCUCCGAUUUUGCACUUUAAGAUCAUUUCCCAAACACAAUAAGCCAUAUAUAACAAGAAUAGCUCAGGCAGGUUUUUAUUUUGCAAACACAGAUGAUGAAGUUGUUUGCUACUGUUGUGCACGUAGAAAAAGCAAUUGGCGCGAAGAUGAUAUUCCUAUAGAAAUACAUCGAGAGUUAAAUCCUAAUUGCAGUUUUCUUCUUAGCAAUUUAGAGGUGAAUGUGCCUGUAAGAAUGUCAGAAUUAUUAAUCCAAGAAAGUAAUAGAUCUACAUCUUCUCAAAUUCUUGAAAAUACCAACCAGACUAGCUCAGCUUCUACCAGUGACACAAUAUCAUGUAAUACAAGUGGACCGACAAACCACUCUAGUACAACAGCAAAUUCAUCUACUCCAAAUGUGACACAGGCUAUAUCAUCACCUGUUGUUUCAACAAACAGUGAACUAUCUCAAAAUAGAGUGCAGCCAAGAGCUCAUGGUAAUUUUGUAAUGACCUCAUCAGCGAGUUCAUUUGUACAGGAGCACCAAUCAAAUAGUGUCACAGCUUCAAAUGGUAUCCAUGCCUCUCCAGUUGUGAGUUCAAGUUCAUUAAGACCAACAUCUGAACUGUCUGCUCAAGGAACUAAUAGAUCAACUGCUCCAAAAUAUCCAAAGUAUGCCAGCAAAACUGCCAGGGUGACAAGUUUCAAUGAUUGUGGAGACAUUGUGAUACCACCAGAUAGUUUGGCUACCUCAGGAUUUUUCUAUGCUGGCUUUGGUGACUGUGUUAGGUGCUUCCAAUGUGGCGUUGGUCUUCGUCAUUGGUCAGAAGAAGAUGAUCCUUGGAUCGAACAUAGUAGAUGGUCAAAGGAUUGUUUAUUUGUUAAACAAGUGAGAGGUCAAGAGUUUGUGAAUAUUGUUCAAAUGGCUGUACAAUACUCUCAGAAUCAAAAUGGAAAUGGCCAGACUCCAGGUGGAAGUGCUACUGGGUCUGAUGCUGAGAUAGAGCGCAAAAUGCAUACAGAUGCUGCCCAAAGUGUACUAGAGAUGGGCUACAAUCCACAUGUCAUACGGAGCGCCUUACGUGCAAUAAGAGAUGGAAAUGAUGGGCGAACUUUAAGCGCCGCAAUAUUGAUGGAGAAAAUCUUCGAGUUAGAAGAUGAAGCAUCGGCAAAUGGUGAAAAUAACCAAUCUGUCCAAGGAACACCUCCAAACCAGUCAAAUACAAUUGCUCAAGUACCAGUUACAGUUAACAAUAACACCCAAAGCCAAAGAGUAUCCCUCAAUACUAGUUUAGCGUCAUCAAAUUCGGCAAGGACUCAGUCAGUUCCAGUUGGGAAUACAUCCUCCCAGGCAUCCUUAACAACAAAUGCAAGCAGUGAAGCAAACAGAACUCAAAAUAAAAAGGCACAACUUUUAGAACAGAAAAAGCUCAAACAAGAAAAUGAACAGCUGAAACAACAAUCAAUGUGUACCAAAUGUAAACAAAAUGAUGUAUGCAUCGUUUUUCUACCAUGUGGACAUUUAGUUACAUGUGAAACUUGUGCACCAACUAUUAGAUACUGUUCGGUAGAAGGUUGCGGGAAAUAUAUAAAAGGCACAGUUAGGACAUAUCUAGCAUAAACUGAAAUGCUGUCAAGGAUUGUAUAAAGAAUGCAAGGAACAAAUUCCUGCAGCAGCUGACUAGGACGGCCAUGUUGUUGUUUGCGCAUACAUGUUAUCUUAAAAUAUGAUCACACUAGUGGAAAUAUGUGAUUGAAUGGUCAGCACCAUAAUGCACAUCAUGAAAUUAAGAAAUGCUGCUAAUCAAACAUUAUAUUUAGUAGAUAAUGCCAAUAUGAUAUGCCAAUAUCGAAGUGCCUACACUAUGUUUAUGGAAACUUGUACUGUCUGACAGUGUAAAUUUGAUAUUAGUCAAAUUCAGUUAUGUUUAGUAAAGAAUGUCUUGAUUAUCUUAUGUGCAGCAUACAUGGUAAAGAGUAAUAUGAUGCAAUAGGAGAGCUAAAUUUAUUAUCAUUCGUAUAGCAUACUUGGUAAGGUGCAAACAUGUAGCACAUGUGGUACAGUGUAAAAGCAUAAACACAUUCUUUUAAAAAACAAAAACAAUUAUCGUUUAUGAAAUUUAUGUAAUGAUUUUAAGGGAAAGGAAAACGGACUUAUACGACUGUUGUGAAGAUUUACGCAAUAAUUACCUACCAAAGAAAUAUUACAUACAACCAAACUAAUAAAUUAACUUGAAUAAGUUGAAUAUAAAUGAUUGAUAUGUCAAUUGUUGUUUACUUACUAUGCUCUGUAAACUGUUAAUAUGUUGUUUAUUAUAUUUCCCCAUGGACUGAAAGCCAAAAUGCCAAAAAGCCACACAAAAAAAAACAAAAAAAAAA